GUCUUAGCGGUCCAUCUUUCAAGAAGCCAGUGUUGAACUUGAGCUGAGGACUUUGUUCAGAGGCUGUGGAGAGCUAGCCCUGAAACGCUUCUGGUCCAGUUGAGCCUCCUCUCAAUAUUGUGGCUGAGCAUUACAGUCAGGAAAGCUUAUGUGAUACUCUUAUUGCAUUAGCAAUUUUCCAUAUCAGAUUCACUAAAUACACAAUGGAAACCAUUUAGGGGGAGAAAAAAAAACCAACAACAAAAAAAACAGUUUCUAAUGUGAUAUGGCUACCACAAUGAAACUCUAAUGUGAUUCCACAGAAAAUCGCUAACACGAUAUGCUGACCCCUCUCCCCACCCCCCAUAGCCACAUAAAAAUUGAUAGCAUUUUUAGUGUAUAUGUUUCAAACUAUGCUCACCAAAGAAAAAGCAGACCGCUACUGAGAUGAGCUUCUGUUUUGGUCAGGUUGGAUGUAUGAAGGGUCUUCCUAUCGGCCUUGUCAGAGAGCUGAAUCUCCCUUCUGUGCAGUGCUCAUUGUAUUAAUAAGCAAUACUAAAUCAUUUCUUAAAAUGCGUCAUACUCUGUUAAGUGACUCAGAAUUAAUAGAGAUAGUGUAAUGUAAAAAAUAUAAUUUGUGUAUAAAUAUCAUGCCUCUAUAAUACAUUCAGUUUUACAGUUUUAAUUGGGAAGUCUAAUCAACUCAAAACCAAUUUUCUAAGACUCAGAGACACUGACAUAAAAUUUAAAUUCAGAACUUAAGAUGAAAUGCAGAAAUAGUAAGAAACAAAUUACAAAUGUAUGUGUACCGUUCUGUAUCAUUUUAGAAGUCAUAAACACUGAAAAGAUUUUGGUUCUUCCCCUUCAUUCUCUAACCCAUAUUUAAUUCAAAGAUAGAAAUUUAACCCAAAAAAUAAAUGUAAAGGAGUCCUACAAAAUCUGAUUUUUCCUAUAAAGAUAAUUUUGAUUUUCUUUUUUUGGGGGGGGCGUACUAAAUAUCAAAUUUUCUCUCUCUUUUGUAUUCGAAUUACCUGAUAUCAUUGGUGUCGUUGCUUUAGUAUAUGAAUUUCCCCUUGGGGAUAUGUAAUAUUUAAUAUAUGAUCACUUCCUCUUCCCCUUUUUCAAAUUUAAUUUUGAAGGACUAUAAAUGGAAAACAUGUAUUCCUUAGUCAUGAAAUGGGUUUAGUGAAAAGCAGUCUUUGGUUUAUUAAACACUGAGAUCACUAGGGAUGAUCAUUCAUCCUAGAAUUCCAGUGACCUGGCAAAAACUCCAGUUUUUGACCACUGGACAAAUAAUCUGUAAAGUGCACAUGUGCCUCUGGGGGCCACCCAGACGGUUGACAUUGGAGAUUUCUUCUGAAACAGCUUAGAGGGAGGCAUUGGGAGUAAUGGAGGUGUGAACACUGUGAGUAGCAACAGCUUACAUUCACUGCGCCUGAGAGCGCUUCCCCAGGGGACUGGGCCGUGAGCCCACUGGAUCCCAACCCCGCUGUAUCGUGAGGAGUAUCUUCUUCCGAGUAGCCUAAUAUUUUUCACUUUAAUCUGUUAAAUUGCUUGGAAGCUGAUCAAAUGUAGAUUUGCUUUGGUUAGUGUGUAUGUUAACUCUAUGUUUUGAUUUGAUUUGAUGAAAUGCAGAAAUUGUUACAUGGGUAGGGUAGGAGAUAGAUCCGGAACUGUCGUUUGGGACCGUUUAUCAGAAGCCUUGAAGGAGUUUGUCCUAAGUAUUAACCGGCUGUGGAAGGUCUGGAGCAGAUUUGCAGCCAACAGGGCCCUUUCAUCAAAGAAGCCUCAUUAAGUAAAGCUGAAUGAAGAAGGGCUGCUUUGGUGGACGGUGGCAUCUGCAGAGGGACAGAGUUGAGUGCUUUGCCCUUCCCCUGGCGUCCAGCUCUGCCCUGCUGCUCUCUUGUCACUGCCACUGACUGAGUCUCUCUGCUGUCUCCAGAAUUCUGAAGAACACCGUUUACAGACUGCACGAGUUGGCCAGCCCCUUCUAGAGCUUAAGAGAAAAUCAACCCAGUUCCCAACUGUAAUUGGUCAGUUACUUCCAGAAGAAAAGAAAGACCUAUGACAUCCCUGGAGAGUUCUUACCUAUGACAUCCCUGGAGUGUUACUUGCUGCGAUCUUCCCUCAGGCCCUGCAGGCAAUAACGGGCUGUCUGUCCAGUUCCUGUUUGCCCUGGACACCUGCAGUUCACCUCUUAUGCACUCCAGCACCCCCAUCAGCUCCCUCUUCUCCUUCACUAGCCCAGCAGUGAAGAGACUGCUAGGCUGGAAGCAAGGAGAUGAAGAGGAAAAGUGGGCAGAGAAGGCAGUAGACUCGUUAGUGAAGAAAUUAAAGAAGAAGAAAGGAGCCAUGGAUGAGCUGGAGAGGGCCCUCAGCUGUCCAGGGCAGCCCAGCAAAUGUGUGACAAUUCCCCGGUCCCUGGACGGGCGGCUACAGGUGUCCCACCGCAAGGGUUUGCCCCAUGUCAUUUAUUGCCGAGUGUGGCGCUGGCCUGACCUCCAGUCUCACCACGAGUUGAAGCCGCUGGAGUGCUGUGAGUUCCCAUUUGGCUCCAAGCAGAAAGAGGUGUGCAUUAACCCCUAUCACUACCGCCGAGUGGAGACUCCAGUGCUGCCGCCUGUCCUCGUGCCAAGGCACAGUGAAUAUAACCCCCAGCUCAGCCUUCUGGCCAAGUUCCGCAGCGCCUCCCUCCACAGUGAGCCUCUCAUGCCGCACAACGCCACCUAUCCGGACUCUUUCCAGCAGCCUCCGUGCUCUGCCUUCCCUCCCUCGCCCGGGCCCGGGCACGUGUUCUCACAGUCCCCAUGCACCGCUGGCUACCCUCACUCCCCAGGAAGCCCCUCGGAGCCAGAGAGCCCCUAUCAACACUCAGUUGACACACCACCCCCGCCUUAUCAUGCCACAGGAGCCCCAGGGACCCAGAAUGGCCGACCCGUAGAUGCCACAGCUGAUAGUCAUUUAGUGCUGUCAGUGCCUAAUGGAGACUUUCGGCCAGUUUGCUAUGAGGAGCCGCAACACUGGUGCUCAGUCGCCUACUAUGAACUCAACAACCGAGUUGGGGAGACGUUCCAGGCCUCCUCCAGAAGCGUGCUUAUCGAUGGAUUCACAGACCCUUCAAAUAACAGGAAUCGAUUCUGUCUUGGACUUCUUUCUAAUGUAAACAGAAACUCAACAAUAGAAAACACCAGGAGACACAUAGGAAAGGGUGUGCAUUUAUACUACGUCGGGGGUGAGGUGUACGCCGAGUGUGUGAGCGACAGCAGCAUUUUUGUACAGAGCCGGAACUGCAACUAUCAGCACGGCUUCCACCCGGCCACCGUCUGCAAGAUCCCUAGCGGCUGCAGUCUCAAGAUCUUCAACAACCAGCUCUUUGCUCAGCUGCUGGCUCAGUCGGUUCACCACGGAUUUGAAGUCGUAUAUGAGUUGACUAAGAUGUGCACUAUCCGCAUGAGCUUUGUUAAGGGCUGGGGAGCUGAGUAUCAUCGCCAGGAUGUCACAAGCACCCCCUGCUGGAUUGAAAUUCAUCUUCAUGGACCACUGCAGUGGUUGGACAAAGUUCUGACUCAGAUGGGCUCUCCACAUAACCCAAUUUCUUCAGUGUCUUAACAGCCAGUCAUGUCUUAACCUACAUUUCUAUAGAAUAGAUGCUAUUGCAGGCAGUGGCUUAUAUAGCAUUUCAGAUUUGCAAUUAACUGAAAUUUCUAAGUACAUAAUGUAAAUACUUAUAAUAUAUACUAUUCAUAUUUUUUAUCACCAGUUGUUUUGUGCUAGAAUUUCUAGUCAACCUGAUGCCAGUACAACGUGAUUAGAAAAGCAGAUUUUUCAUGCCUAUGCUAUACGAAGAAGCGGCUUCUUUUGUGGGAGAAAAUAAAUGAAAGGCAAUUGCGUCAAUAGAAUUUGAAAAAUGUUGGCAGAAAAAAAAGGCAGCGAUAGUCAGCCGUGUCAUUAUAAGGCAUGUUGUGUGGCCUACCAGAAAAAUAUCAAAACUGUUUAUAUCUUACAAAUCAGGGUACUAGCAGCACUAGAGAAAGUGACACUUUCAGACAAAAGAAAGCAGUCAAACCCGUAACAUUUAAACAGUCUCACUUUUAGUGCUAUUGGCAAGAAGGAAAAAAAACACACACACAUCAAGCUUGUAAAAUUAAUUCUGUAAGAUAAGUCACGUAAAUUAUUUUAUUUCCCAAGUUGAAAUACCUAUAACUGGACUGUUGUGCUGAUUUAAUGGUACAUUUGAAACAGAUUUAAACUGUGAUUGGAAAAGAGACUGUGAAGCUGGGAGUCAUGUUGCUUCAUGAUCUACCACUGUACAAAUAAAAAUAAUGAGUCUAAUACAUGGGAAGAUUCAUAUGAAAAUAGCAUGAAAUAAGCUGUGUUCCCAAAUUGCAAAAUAAGACCAGAACUUCGUCCAAGAAUCACCCAGGGAGACCUCCACAUCGGAAAUCGGGCCCGAUUUCCUGGUUAUUCCAGUCAAGCAAUCUGGCGAUGUCCGAGUCUGCAUAGUGAGCUAAAGGACCGUGUGUGUAAAUCGUAGGUGGGGAAAAAGCAGUAAAGUAAGCGGGCUGGACGAAAGCAUCGUAUGUUUAAUCACACCUUCUCAUAUUCCCAUUGGAAGACUUCGUGGCGAGGGCACUCCUUUUGCCUCCUUUCCCCUACAUGUUGGCACGUACUAUUUACAGAUGACUAAAACAGUGGUGAAGCCUUUGGGAAAAUCUGGACACAUUGCUAGGGUCAAAUUUAUGAGUUAUAUAACUUAGUGUCUCGAUCUGCUGGUCACAGCUGGUAGCCUCUUAUAAAGCUGAAGCCUCAUACCUGGAAAUAACUUCCCAAGUAAAAUAAUAAUUUCGUGACCCCUAUAAUUUCUGGGGAACAGUGGUACUGAAGAGUGGGACAUUUAAAAUAUAUAUGUACGGUAUUAAAAACCUGUUCUUAUUUACUCUUGGAUGAUAGAGGAGAGGAUAAUUCACCACAUUUCUAGGUACUUUCAUAUAUAAGUAUAUAUAUAUAUAUGUAUAUACAUAUAUAUAUAGUUCUCACCCACUAAACACUGCAUUGCUUCGAAAAAUAUUUCACACCCUCUUAAAAAUGUAUAAUUUAAGAAGGUAAUUAUGCUUGUAACAGACGGUACUUCAGUAAUCCAAGAGGUUUCUUCAUUUAUGCAUUCUGUCUCAACUCUUUUUAGCAUUAGUGCACACAAUAGUUGCUUCUCAUUAAAUUGUAUUCAAGGUAGACAUGAUCCUGUGAAAAAGAUAUAUACGAGUGAGCUCCUACUGUCACUUCUUGUAAGGACUAGUGUUAUCUAAUAGAAACUUUCAUAUAUGCAAUAGAAAAUAGUACAUUCUACGUUAAAACUAGGUGGUCCAUUUAGUGUUUAGAAAACCCCGUAGUUCAUUGGUUCAACUCUGUAUUGUGCCCCUGUACAGGCCCGGUACAGUGUUAGGUACUGUGGAAUCAAAUGUAAACCAGAGACAGCCCCAGACUCUGGAGCUGAGAGUCUUGUUAGUAAACCUGUGUAGACAUCUUCAUGUUUCACAACUUUUAAAACAAAACCAAACCUACGAUCUUUCUUUCGCUCGAAAAAAUAUAACUGAUUUCUUAAUUAUCUCUAUUUUGAAACUUACUUCCCUUCUCUUCUGAGCAAUCAGGUAAGAGAUGAAGUCUUCCUUGGAGAAAUUCUACUUUUCUUCAGUGCCCCAAAGUUGUUUGUUUUCUCCCCUUCCCUGUUUUCCAGUUUUUUUUCCCAUUUCUCUUUUCUUGGAAACGGCAUUAAUACGAUGAGUCUUCCUCACAUGAAUACAGCUCUGUGAGAGCAUAAAUAUACAUGGUUUUUGCUCCAAAGACCUAACAUAGCUUUCUGGAUCUCUUCACAAAUGCUCAAACUCAUCUUCUGAUAACCUUAUACCUUUACAGAAUUAAUCAUAACUGGUCACUUAUAAAUUACACUUAAAAAAAGUUAACAAACCUGGAUGUUCAUGCAGGUUUGGUAAAACCUGGACAAAAUAUUCCAGCGAGCCUGUGUUACUCCUUUAAAAAACAAAUGAUUAAAGUGGGGUACAUUUGCAUCAUCACUGGUCCUGUCUCACCAAAAGUCCGCAUUAGGAUAGGAGUGAAAUUCAGAAAAGUUAACCCUUCGGUCACUGUAACUAGUCACAUUCUCAUCAGGCUUUUAACAUUUUUGCUGGCAGGAAUUGUCCAAAGUUGUAAUGUAGCAUUUUCUUUGAGACUUCCACAUUUGUUCAUGUAGCAUUCAUUCCUUUAGAUGGACAAUCCCCCAAAAAUGUAAUAGCAUUCCUUUAUAGGAUAACUAGCAAAGUGGACAUGCUAAGCCAUUUAAAGGCACCAAUAAUGCCAAACAUUUUUAAGGUUGCCAUGGACAAGGGUCGUGCAAUACAGAACAACGUUUUGGCCUGCUCUGAAGACCCAGAACAUUUGUGGUGUUGUUCAAGCCUGUUUUCUGUUCUUUUCCUGUUUAAAAAUUGAGAUGUGAGGAGUUUGUUUUAGUUAGAUGAUAUUUUACUAUCUGCCAGUGCUUUGGAACUAUAAAGAUGUCACUUUUCAACACAUUCACCUUAUUUUUUUUUUUUUACAUUCAGUAUAAUCAGGAAAAGUUGAACAACAACAUAGCACUAGCACUUAGAAUCCCCUUUUCAUUGUCUUCUAAGGGAUUAGAAGCAACAACAAAAGCAUUUUCUAAGUAUUACCUGCUAGACUUUAAGCACCUGCUUAACUUUGAAUGUGUCCUGAAUAUUUGGUAUGUAUAUUCAACAACUAAAGCAAACUAUAACGUGCAUUCCAAAUUUGUCUUCCCCUGUUAUGAUUUAGCAGUUGAACUGUAUGACAAGACUAGGGGAUCCUGACAUGUUCAAAUUGAUGUAACACAAACCAACAAGAAAAGAAACCAUUUCUAUUUAAGUAAUGCUUUUGAUGGUCAUAUCUAGGCUUCAAUUAUCCUUCAAAUGCACACUUAUACUGUUAUGUGAUUGUUUAUAAUAAACAGUACU